AAGCCAAAGAGGGGCAGCAGUUUCAGCGUCCAUACUACGAAUUGCUGCAUGUUUGUUUGUAUGAGCUGAUGGAUUCAAUGCCGCCUCUCUCGUCACCGUGCCUUGUCGAACAAGAGGCAAGGCAAGUUCCUGCUGGCUGUUUUACAAGGGCCGUCUACGCCCUCCACUCCACGGACAAUGAACAGACCGAGACUGCGGCAUUGACUGUACGGAAAUUAAUCAAGGAAGAGGAUCAAGGAAUGAUGCGUGGAGCUGCCUCUAGCCAAAUUCCGCUGAAGCGAAAGGGUUCAAAGACGAAUUCAGCCAAAUCAAAGUAUGGAAAAAGUGGGAAACUCGGAAGAAGCAGUGUUGUGUCGUGGAAUUUGAAAUCCGCUCCGAAAAUCACAAAAGCAGCGGGGGUAACUUCAGCUAAUAAUAAUGAAAAUCGAGAAUAUGUGUCGCCAAUUGUAUGGUGUCCUGUCACUCCAUUGAUGGACAACAUUUACAGAUCCAAAUGGAGGCAGCCCAUGGGAAGAGCGUCAAGUCAAGCGAUCGAUAAUGAAAAGAAUAUUUGUAUAGAUGAGACCAAUGUUGGUGAAAAUGAUUUGUGCAUGUGUAAGGACGUUGAGGCUCAAUUUGUCCUUCGUGGGGGGGAGCGCAUUUACACACUUCAUUACGUAACACCUUUAUCAAUGAAGAGAAGAGAAACUAACGAAGAAAACAGUAUGUGUUAUGGUGUUCUCCCCGUCAUUAGAAUAUGUGUGAACCCGCCUGUAACUCCAUGA